AUGGAGGGCACAUUUUCACCACGUAACACCUCCUCCUCUGCCUGUGAUUUCUCCCUCUGCCCCACUGGUGUAACCUUCUACUUCCUUCCCUUCAUCUACACGCUCCUCUUCGUCACUGCUCUCCCAGGAAAUGCACUCUCUCUCUGGGUGUUCCUGCGGUGCAUCUCCACCAUCUCCCCCAUUCACAUAUACCUGUGCCACCUGAGUAUCUCCAACCUGUUGCUGUCCUUCACCUCACCCUUCCUUGCAGCCUACUAUGCCCGAGGUUCGGUCUGGAGUCUGAGUGGCGUCCUGUGUCAGCUCGUCCUGCACGGCAUCACCCCGGUGCUCCAUGUUAACAUCUACAUAAGCCUCAUGAUCCUCACCUGGGUGGCCCUCAGCCGCUUUGCGUCCCUCAUCCAGAACACCCACGCCUCGAGGCCCAGCGCCUGCACCACCCUGCUGCCACACAUCUUCUUCACGAGUCUCAGAAAGGUGUCCUUUGCCAACACUGUGUGCAUCAUGGUGUGGCUGAUAUCAGUAGGGUGCAUUGUGCCAGUGAGUGUUUAUUACUCUGUGAACGAGGCUGUGAGCAACACCACCAAAGCUGAGGAAUUAGGACAUGUGGAGUUGUGCUACAGCCCUGCUGUGGAGCUAGGAGGCAGCCUGUCUAGGACUGCCACUGUGGCCAUUAUAACCUUCUUCUUUAUGCUGUACCUGCUGGUGCUGCUGUCCUACAUGACGGUGUUGAGGCAUAUCAGACGCUCGCGGCGCAACACAAACGUCGCAACCUCCCAGAGCCUGCUGAGGAGGGUGCUCCGAAACAUUGUGGUCAUCCAGGUCAUUCUUUCUGUCUGCCUGCUGCCGUACCACAUCUUCAAACCCAUCUUCAUUUCUCUGGUCCAUGAACAACUUCCAUGUUCCCCCACCCAAGAAAUCUUCAACAGCUGCCACCCACUCUCCAGCAUUAUUGAGCUAAAGAACUGCCUGUUUCUCCUCGCUGCAAUAAGAAGCUCAACCGACCCUGUCAUGUACCUCGUGCUGGACAGGUCGUUUCGUCAUCAAACCCUCACACUUUUAAGGUGCAACCAGAAAAACUCCAGAACAGGGCAGCCGUCCUGCUCAGUUACAGGAAGUGCCAAUCAGAAGCUUGAACAGCAGAAGGAGGAAAAUGCGGUUUCUGGCACUAUGGAGAUCAGUCAUGCAAGUGUUUUGUAG